AUUGCUGACAACUUCUCUAAUAUUGCUUAUUGGUAUUGGUAAUGCUGGUUGUCAGAACCGAUGUGACAACGUUGCCUUUUAUAUAAUCAUUUUAUAAUUCUUGCAAGUUCUUUUGAGGAAUUUUAAGAAAAACUUAAAUAUUCAGAAAAAUGUCAGCUUGGAGAGCCGCCGGUUUAAACUACAUCAACUACUCUAACAUCGCUGCUAAAUUGCUGAGGCAAGCAGUGAAAUCUGACAUAAGAGCAGAUGCCAUGAAGAGGAGCGAUGCCCACCUCAAAGUAACAAAAUGGCAAGAUGGAAAGCCGAUAAAAGAGUCGACAUUCUAAGAAGGAAUAGAGUUAAGAUGAAAAUAUUUGUUAUUUAGUAGAUUAUUUGUUUGUCAUACAUCUGAAUGUACUUUGAAUGAGUUUAUAGGAUACACAUUUAGUAAAAGAGGAAAGUAAAUAAACAUUAAAAAUGUAA